AUGGGGUUGGUUAGGUGCGCGGAGGAGGAUGAAACGGCGGUGGAGGAGUUGCGGAGGAUGAUCCUGGGGGAGCUCGAGGACGACGAUGGGGGGUUUGAGGGCGGCGGCGGCAGGAUGUGGAAGGGAGAACGGAGGAGGGGGAUUCCUGGCAAGAGGAUGGAAGCCGGAGCGGCGGAGAGAGUGGAGCGGCGGAUGCCGGUGUGCGUGACAAGCGGCGUCUCCUACAUCGGCUGGGCGAUCGCGGACCGCCUGAUGCGCCGGGGGUACACGGUGCGGCUCGUCGUCGAGACAGGAGGUCAGUCAAUGGCAGCCCCCAUCUCUGUCACAGGUCCACGCCCAGGGUCUUGUUGCGUUUGCAUUCCUGACUGAUGUAUUCCAUAGCCGAAUGGCGAUCGUGAUCUCCAGUUUUUUAAACCAUCGAUUGCAGUUCACUUUCAGCAGUGCUUCUAGUCCUGUGGAGCUGCGUUUGUUCCGCAGCAAUUGCUCGCAUGUGGUCUCAAAUAUGCGUUGGUGACAAGCUACUACUGUGUCAUUUUGAAGUUUUGCAGACGAUCUGGCGAUGUUGGGGGAGACGGGCGCUUUCGAGGGGACGGAAGCGAGCAGGAUCUUCCCCGUGGUGGUGAACAUGAUGGAGAUGAGCAGCCUGUGUGAAGCGUUCGAUGGCUGCGCCGGCGUAUUCCACACCUCCGCUUUUCUGGAUACCGCCGGGAUCUCAGGCUACACGGUAAGUCUCCCGUGACACUCGUCUGGUCGCUGCUGUGCGGCAGAAUCCUCUGACUGCGUCUCAUCUUCGUACUGAAUCCAUCGACCGGAAGGUACUCAGUGGAUUCAUUUACAGAUUGACUAGAGUUUAGGUGAAUCUCGUUGGAGAUCAAGCCCGUUCAACGACGAGCCGUGUUAUCAAUUCGCGCUUUGAUUUCCGCCGAUUUAACAAUUUCAGCGAAGAGCUGUUCAAUUUUAACCUUCCCCUUUCUCAUCUAUUAACGCAGUUUUUUUAACAAUAAAAAAGAUCAGAGGGCCCGCCAUCGAUCCAUGUUUGGCUUGACAUUCUGCCGGAGACGGUCAGAUUCUAUUGGAUAAAGUUCGGUUGCUAUAACAGCUCCGGAGGCUAAUAUCAUCUCUUUGGUGUGUCGCAGAAACACAUGGCUGUGAAAGAGGCCUCAGUGGCGGGGAAGGUAGUGGAAGCUUGCGUGCUGACGUCGUCCGUGCGGACAUGCGUCUUCACGUCCUCUCUCCUGGCCUGCAUCUGGCGACAGUACCCCGGCCUCGCGCGCCGAUCUGUAUCCACCCUCGUCGACGAGAGCUGCUGGAGCGACGAGAACCUCUGCACCGACAAGAAGGUAAACAAGACAGCGCCGUCUUCCCCUCCUGCCGUCUUUGAUGAUGGGACAAGCCGAUCUUCCUCUUCUACGGCGUGCCUAGUGACAUGAACUCUGCUUUGCGUGCAGCUAUGGCUUGCUCUGGGUAAAACCAUGGCUGAAAAGGCGGUCUGGCGUGCCGCGAGAGGUAAGGACCUGAAGCUAGCGACGCUCUGCCCCGCCCUCAUUACCGGCCCGGGAUUCUGCGCCAGGAACCCAACGUCCACCAUCGCCUACCUCAAAGGUGAUCCCCAACAACCAGAAUGCGUACAAUCUUCUUCUUGGGGCCUCUAAUGGUUGUCUGACCUCUCCAACAGGGGGGCGUGAGAUGUACGCGGAAGGACUGCUGGCCACGACGGACGUGUCCCGGGUAGCCGAGGCGCAUGUGCGCGUCUACGAGGCCAUGGGUGGCUCAGCAGCCGGCAGAUACAUCUGCUUCGAUCACAUCGUGCGCAGCGACCGCGAUGCCGCGGAACUCUGCCGAGGGGCCGGCCUCGCCGAACACUUGUCCAUCAUCGAAGGCGGCAGCGACGUCGCGCCCCAUUUCCAGCUGUCGAACGACAAGCUCCGCCGAUUGCUGUCAAGUAGGCACUGCUUCGUCUCGGACCUGAUCCGCUGA